GAAGCCAGGUGCUUCUUUGACUACCUUUUGGACCCCCAAAAAAUGGGCACGCUGAGAGUAUGGGGGGUGCUGAGGGUGUGGGGAGUGCUGUGCAUGAUGGGAUGCGUGGCCGCGUCGCCGCACCUCAACCAGGUGGACUAUGCGGACGUUUACGACAACGAGUUGUCCCGAGAGCAACGUGAAGGCGAUUCCGCGCAGCCGCAACCGUCGUGCCAGUCCGCCGAGCUCUCCCGAUGGGACAAGCUCUUCAUCGCCCUGGAGAACUCUCACAUGAGGCAGAACAUGCUGCUGGAGUCCUCGGAGUCGUGCUGCGGGGCCACGGCGUCCCUCAGGGCGCAGCUGGAUCACCUGGCCCGGGGGUCGUCCCGCCAGUGCCCGCCCUGGCAGGCCGCCCUCAAGAUGCUUCACCAGGAUCUGCUGGAGCUCCGGGAGGAGGGCGAGGCGAGGGAGAGGAGGUUCAACGCCACCCUCCAGUCCAACAAUCAUUCCAAACCCUCGCCGUCCGCUCUUAAAGAACAGGAAGUAGCGCAGGAAGUGACGUCGCCGCCUGCCGACAGCGUAGAGAAGGCGCUGGUUGCCAUAGCGACCGAGCUACAGCGGCUCCACGUGCAGCUCAGCCGAGUCAUCCAGCAGGCCGGCACGCUGAGGAAAGACAGAGGAGACUCGUGAGAGGCCCACACCAGAUGGAACGCUGUCGUAAGAGUGGAUAUAAAAAGUCUACACACCCUUCUUCAAAUGCUUGGUUUUUGUAAUAUUCAAAAAUGAGACCGUGAAAAAUCCAUGAUCUAUCAACUGUACAACACACUUGGGGGGGGGACUAAUCUUUUCGAGAGGGGCAGUAAAAAGAAACAACCCAGAUGAUGUGGUUGCACAAGUGUGCACACCCUCUUAUACAUUGGGAUGUAGAUGUGUUCAGAAUUAACCAAUCAAAUGAAACUCAUAUUAAAUUUGAGUCAUAAUACAGCAAUAAAAUUCAACUGUUCUAGUAGGCUUUUCCUGCCAUUUUUGUCAUCACAUCUUACAACAUAAGCCAUGGUCCGCAGAAACCUUCCGCAGCUUCACAGGGAUUUCAUUAUUCCGAGGCAUUAAAUACGCAAUGAAAUUGUGAUCAUUUCCAAAUACCAGCCAGUGUCAGCAGAAAACAUUUCAGGUUUUAUUAAAAAGUUAAAAAUAAAUAAAUAAAUAAAUAAAUAUAUAUAUAUAUAUAUAUAUAUAUAUAUAUCAGGAAAAGCCUACUAAAACAUCUGAACUUGAUUUGACGUUAAUCAGAUGCACUUUAAAUGGUGGCAGCUUUGUGCUGGCUCCCUUUUAACACGAGUUUGAAGAUUAUUGGAAUAGUUACACGAGGGUGUGCACACUUGUGGAAUAAGAUUUUCUCACGCUCUGUUUAGUUUUACGUCCCCUUCCCUUCCACUUUUUUUCCAAUUACAAGUAUACAGGUUGUUGUUCACAUUCAUAGUGGAAAACCUUUUGAAGUCAUUAACCAUGGUCUCAUUUUUUAUAACAGAAAAAAAUGGCAAUUGAACAAGGGUGUGUAGACUUUUCAUAUCAUUAUAUAUUUGCACAUUUGGAUUA